AUGGGUGUCCUAUGGCUGGUGCCACUUGUGGUGCUGCCCACCUUUCUCCUGGGGGUUGUUGUAUGGGUUGUCUUUGAGCACUUCCUCACUGCGGAUAUCCCUGCUACCCUGCAGCAUCGAGCCAAGCUAAGAUUUCUGCACUGUGUGUUUCUGUAUGUGAUCACCUUGGGCAAUAUACUUGAGAAGUUGAGAAUUUGCUCUCCCAAAUUUUUCCAUUUUUUGGAAGACUGCAUAAUAGUAAAGAAGGAUCCUAAGCUUGUGGUAACCAACCUGCAUUUUGGGAUAAUACCUAUGAGAUUGUUCCAGCCCAAGGCAGUGUCCUCCAGCCUCUGGCAGGGCAUCAUCUUCUACUAUGUAGGGGGCGGGGCAUUAGGGAGCCUGGAUAAGGCACAUUGUUACCACAGUUUGUGCUGUUUUCUGGCCCAGGAGACAGACUCUGUGGUGUUGUCAGUCAGGUACCACUUGUAUCCUGACCACCAUGUGUCUGACAUUUUCCUAGACUGCUUCAAUGCCUCUGUUCACUUCCUGAAGACCUUGAAAACCUAUGGGGUGGACCCCUCCCGGGUUCUAGUCUGUGGAGAAAGCAUUGGAGGCACAUGUGUGGCUUCUAUCACCCAGACCUUGGUGGACAGGUGGGAUCUUCCCCGGAUCCGAGCUCAGGUCCUGAUCUGUCCAUUUCUCCAGGGGAUCAAUUUGCAGCUGCCAUUCUUUCGGCAGUACCAAAACUUAACUGUUCUCAGCCGGAAGUUCAUGCUGACGUGUAUGUGUAAUUGUCUGCUCACUGACCUCUCCUGAAGGGACGCCAUCUUGAGGGGUGAAUUUAUUCCCCCAGAAUUCUGCACGAAGUACCGGAAGUGGUUAUUUGAAAUGGUUGAACCCAAGGACAUACCUGAGAGGUUUAAGACAAGAAGCUACACUUUCAAGGAGUCUGGAAUUUUUAGGGAGGAAGCCUAUCUGAGCAAAGAGCUCCUUAACGUAAAAUACUCACCCUUUAUUGCUGAUGAUGACAUCAUCCACCAGCUCCCCAAAUCCUGUCUUGUGAGCUGUGAGCACUAUGUUUUUCAAGAUGACACCUUGCUGUAUAAAAAAAGGCUGGAGGACCAAGGGGUACCAGUGACCUGGCACCAUAUUGAAGACGGCUUUCAUGGAGCUAUGAAUACUUUUGGCUUAAAAUGGAUUUCUUUCCCGUGUGCCAAGAAGAUGGUGGAUAUUACUGCCAGCUUCAUAAAGAAUCUAUAA